AUGGCGCCACCGUUCCUUAGCCGUCCCGAGAUUCAACGCCUCGUUUCAGACUUUUUGGUAGAUUUCUACAAUCGCGAAGACGUCGAAAACUGGGAAGAUGUACAAAGAGCGACUAUCGACGCCAUGGGAGAUAUUAUCGUCCAGCUUGCUCGGGCGCAAGCAGAAGGUACACACCCCUCUCCGGACCCGAUGGACUUGGACGAUGGUGGGGCUGUACAACCCGAGGAACCAGAUUCAGAUGACACUUCGGACCCAGAUGACUUUGUGAGAGACGACAUUCCUCCCCAAGCACUCAGAAAGAACUCCAGCUCCUCAGACUCGGACUUUGAGGGCUCUGGGAAGAAGAAUCCCCGCAGCGGUAAAGGAGCUAUCAAGACUAAAGAUACUCCCCGAAAGGACACCAAGGUAAAGUCUGACCGUGUUGCGAGCCUCGAGGCCCGCAAGACGAACAAAUGUGUGUUGGGAUGUGGCUUGGGCUACACGACGACGGACCGCCUCAAGAGACAUUACAAAUCUCACCAUCCCGGUUGGGAGACCGCAGUUGUGGCUGCUGGCCAGACCAUCUUUGCCAAUCAGCGCGGCUACAAGAAGUGA